GCCCUUCCGCCUCGGUAGCUAUGGUGCCUGUCGAGCUCAGGCUCCUUCCAUCGGGCCCUUGCCCCUUUUAGGGGGUGUGUGACGUCGAGUGAUUGGCGUGCGCCGUUGGCCCGCGCCCCGCCCGCUUGGGAGGCGGGGGCGGGGGAGCAGCGGGGUUGGCUGCUUGAGGGCGCCGCGGGACGAGGAAGAGGCGACGGCGGCGGAGGGGGCUGGGAAGAUACCACUGACGUGAGAAGAGGAGGGGGGGCGGAUACGAUAUUCGGCUAUCCCUCAACACCCCCCACUCCGCCCUGUGGAAGAUCCGGUAAGAAAUGGAGGGGAGCAAAGGCUCGGGACCUCAGUGAGGUCGAUGGGGUACAGUGAGGAGGUGCCUGUAUUGCUGCUGUUACCUCCUCCUGUAGAUGAGGGAAGUAAGUUUCCAAGGGGUAGUUAUGGCGAAUAAGCUGCUGUUAAUUAACUAACUGCUGUUAAUUUGAGAGUGCGCGUGGUGGAAGCGGUUAAGUGUGCGCAGGAACCACGACGGGUCCAGAAAUCCCUCACCGAGCCACGAAACUCGCCUCCUCAGUCUGGACUACCUCGCAGGGCUGUUGCGAGCAUGCAGGCGAAGGGAGGUGGGAGAGGGAAGUUCUCCGGAGGGAAGGGGGUGUGCGCAUUUACCUAAACAGUGAGUCUCAAGUGUUCUGUGGUGGGUAGCUUGUUGCAGAUAGUUGAUGUGGAAAUGAUAAUAUUUAUAUUUUUCAGGAAGGGGAGGUUGGGAAAAGGGCUAAGCUGUGGAGAGGGGGGAGGUCCUGGGCAAAAAGGUUGCCGUGGGAAAUGGGGGGAUGCAUUUAACUUUGCAAUGUGCCUUGUAAUGCCUUGUAAACAUGGUUGCUUUACACUCAUAAAGUUUAUGAUUUUUUUUACCAAGCACUUUGUUGUUGGUGUGCAGAUGUAAUGUAUUGUGCUUUCUUUAAUCAGGUGACAGUACUUAACUCUUAACAUGCACUCUUUAUACCAGCAAGUAUCCAUAGUGUUUAACAGAAUAAUGUAAGGAAAAACACAGGCCUCUGCCCCGAGCAGCAUACAGUCUAUGACUUUGAAAGAAAGGGAGGGCAGUGGAAAGAGAGAAGGGGAGGAAAAGUGAAGAAUAUUGAGGAGACCUGUUAUUGCUGCUCUGGCUUACUUCCAGUAGGGGUUGAGGACUGUGUGUGCAAUCCAAACCACACCUGCUCUGAUGUAAAUACAUUUGAAUUCAAUGGGGCCUACUCUCGGAUAAGCGGGGUUAAGCAUUGCAACCCAAUGGAUUAUGCCAAAGACUUGGUGGGGUAGCUAUAAUUGUAUGUUUAUGCAGAAAAGUAGCAGGUAAAUAUGUUUUGUCUUAUACAUUUAUGGAAAGCAAAAUCAUAUAACCAAGAAAACAAAAACUGGUUUUCAGUGGGAGAGUGAAAGCACCAUUGAACUCUGUAAGACUUGAUCCUGUGUUGCAUAAAUUUCUGCUUUAAAUUUCUGCUUUAAAGUUCACCCAAACAUUACUUGCACACCAAGCUCCCUGCACACACACAACAGUGCUACGUGUAUAUAUGGUAAAGCACACGUGUCGUGGCAGGUUUCUGGAAGAGACCUUCCCUUUUAUGUGUGAGAGAAUGCCUCUCCAAAGAUUGUGCUGUUUUUUUGAAGUUUAAUUUAUUUUUAAGUGCUCUUACUCGAAAUAAACUUAAAAGUUGAAAUCUGCUGCCUGGACAAUCUAGGGGUGUCUUUGUUAUUGGUUUUUAGUUGUUGUUUUUCCACAAAAGCUACUUAGAGCAACUUACAGAAACGAACAUCAAAAACAAUCUUUUUAGAGCAAACCUGAGCCAGGCAGCAGCAGGUAAAGUAGCUACUUCAUCAGAAACCCUGCUGGCUUGUGCUGGCCAAGGUGGGAGAAAAGUGUUCCUCCCUCUCCCCCCAGCUCAAAGUUUGGCCUAAAAGUAUUGGUCUCCUCAGAGGAUCUGUGGGGCUUUGCGUCCAAAGCUGCCAGCACCCCAUUUUAGGUCUUUCUGUAGGCUGCUGCCGAUGGUACUUUCCUGCCUGCAGCAGGGGCUGCAGCAGCAGUACAGCCACUCCCACUCCACCAGCUGUGGUUGACAGAGGAUCACCUCUAACACCAAAUGAUCAGGGUGUUAGGACCGUGGUGUAAGGCUGCAAACCUAAAUGCACCAGAGACAGUUCCACUGAACUCAGUGAGAUUUACUUCUGCGUAAAUAUGCGUAGGAUUGUACUGUGAUCAAAUGAAUAUUUGAAGCCCAGUAAGAAUGAAAAGAUGGAGCUUCAGCUCACAAAGCCCAGUGAUGGGAGUUCAGGGCCCAAGAAGAAGUGAGCCAGGUGUAAUACCAAGGACUUUUACAAAACAAACUCUGGGCUUCCAAAUGAAGUGGAUUGAUUUAUUACAUUUACGCUGUGCUUUUCAAAAUUGGUGCAUGAUGGAAAUCUAUCUCAUAACUUCAGUGUUAUACAAAAUAUGUAUAUACCCAAUACAUACAUGACAUAUUCUAGGGCCUUUCUUGGGAUGAAUCGGAAGGAAAUAUUACCUCUGUGUUGGGGGCAGGAUGCCUCUGAAUGCCAGCUGCUGAAACUCGCAAGUGGGGAGAGUGCUGUAGUGAUGGUGGUGAAAUUUGGGUUCUUUAUUCCUGGAUUCUAACGUAGCUGAUGAGUUUGUUCAGGGUGAUGUGAUGAUGCUGGAGAAGGCUAUGAUGGGUGGGAAACCUUUCUCAGGUCCUGCAUUCCCUUCUGGGUAACUUUUGGGGUAGGGGGAAGCAUGCCAGUUGUGGGGCAGAACAAAAGAUAAAAAGUAGGUACAGCAAUACAUGUAAAUUUUACAUUUGCACUUUCAAACAUACCCCCCACCCCCAUUCAUCUUCCGUCUAGGCAAGCAAGGGGCAUAACCUUUGUUAAUAGAUACCUUCCAGCCAGGCAGAAACACCUGGGGUGUGAAGCAGGGUCAAUGAGGGGUAUGACAUGGGGAGACUUCCAAGAACCAAAUAGAGAGGUCUGGAGGGCUGCAUUUGGCCAUGGAGCCUGGGUUAUGGUGGUGGAAGUGGGAGCUUAUUGCCAUGUACCCACGGAGUUGCCUAGGUGCACCCAAUGCUGUAAAUCUCUGUGUUAGAGUCUGUUCCAUGCAUCCCCCAGCAACAAAUCAAUAUUUUGGUGCUAUAUCUGUUCAAAGCCAUGUACAAAGUCCUGUGUCUUUGCGCACUAUAGAGCAUGUGAAUGUUCUGAAGCAUCUGAAAUCUAAUAUUGAAAAUCUUUCUGGUUUCGACCUUUGACUCGAGAGUAUGGAAUGCACGAGUAAACAAAUAAAAAUCCUUUGGGUCUAUCCUAUGAUCUGGAUUACAAGUCUAUGCAGAGGGUUGCAGUACUUGGAGCUUAAUAAGUUGUUGAUGGAAGUUGGAAAUAAUCCCUUUUAAAACUUGGGUCAGAAACUAUUCUUGAGUUGUAAGGAAGAAGGGCUGUACAGUAUAUGUUAUAACAAGGAAGAAUAGCUGACUGUGCUUCACUCCAUACUUAAGUGAUCAACAGAAGAUUUAUGGCUAAAGCAGAGGAAUAAAACAAUAGCACAGCCUUUUAAUUGUACUGCAUGCAUGAAAUGUUUUUCCACAUAAGUAUGUUCCAGUUUAGGUUUGGUACAUCUGGCUUUUAUAGAAAGUGAUGUUUUGAAUUUUACUGCUGGUUUUAAUUGAGAUGUUACCUAACUUCCUAAAUGGUAAGGAGCAGGUGGUUUUGAGGGCUUGGUUUUGUUGAAUUGUCUGACAUAACAUUGUCUGCACCUGUAGAAGUCUCAAGGCCCGGGGUAGCACUGAAUGUUGGCGAGAAAAGUGGAGGAACUAUUUGCUACGUUGUGUUCCAAGACGUCAUCAGUAGUAUUAAAUCAUAGGUGACAAAAAGAGAAACUGUGGGGUGGUUGUAGCAACAAAGUAAGGCAGCAUUCACACCAUACAUUUAAAGCACAUGGUUUCCCCCAAAGAAUAAUGGGAACUGUAAUUUACCCUCCCACAGAGCUACAAUUGCCAACACCCUUAACAAACUACAGUUCCCAAGGUUCUUUGGGGGAAGCAGUGUGCUUUAAAUGUAUGGUGUGUACGCUGCCUAACUCCUAACCACUGUGCAGAUUCAUUUUUAUUGUGCCCUUAGAUUGGGUAAGCAGAUGCUUCCUCUUAGGCAUUUUCUUGGGCCCCAGGUUUUGCGCAGGGCAUAUUACAUGGCUGUAAUACAAAUAUGUUCAAGGUCAGUCGUAUUCAUGCCUGGGAAACUUUGACCGACGAAGCUCUGCGUCCAAAGAGGCUGUUCAAGUCAACACAGCCUGUGAACAGUAUUUUGCAAUGUUUUGCUGAAUUCACAUUCUGGAUUUGACGGUCGAAUGUUUGCAGAAUUUGGAGAGUUUGGAAAGGGGAGUGUGAGGGGGAAGUGACCUAGAGGCUGUGAGAGAGGUGCUUGGAAGCACCAUCUUCUAAAACCCUGGAGAGUUUUGCAAUACUGCCUGUGCAUUUUUAAGCACACUUUCAUAAUACAAAAUGCUAGUUGUGUCCUGGGAGGAGUGCUUGAGUUUGAUUCUUAGGAAUGUGGAAUUGUGCAAGGUGCACAACUCUAUUUACAAUGUAUAGCCAAAAUACUGGUUUCAUGUUAAGGUUUCUGCUGUGCCAUUUUGCUUGUUAACACUCUGAAAGGCUUUGACCCAUAAUCCUCACCAAAAUGUGCUUCAUUUCCCAUACUGUUUGGCCUACAUGGAGCUACAACAGUGGUUCAUCUUCUGUUAUGCACAGUUGGUCCUUCAGCAGCAGUUGUAUUUUAUUUUUAGGAAGAGGCAGUUGGUCUCUCAGCUCCCUUGUGCCAUCUAACUAGAAAACAUGUACUAAAUCGCUUCCAAUUUGAACUUCCUUAUCUUUUCCAGCCUUUCCAGUUCCAGAAUUUUUCUUGGUGGUUUCCAGUUGUGCACAAGUAAAUAAGUAAAUCUGAAGGGAAGAAUAAUAAAUUGAUGGGGCCUGAAAGCAGGUUUACCCUGAAGAAAUUCCCUCAAGUAUAUAAGUGAUCCUACAUUUUAUUUACUUUGUCUGAAACAUUUCCCCUGUUGUGUUUUCAGGUUUUUCUUUACCUUGGGUUUGUUACCACCAUGGGAGAGAUUAAAAUCUCUCCUGACUAUAACUGGUUCAGAAGUACAGUUCCUCUAAAAAAGGUAGGUCCAGUUUUUAAUUCUUGCUGCCCUGGGCCUGUGCUCAUUUGGGAGGAAGGAUGGAAUAUAUGAUUGAUUGAUUGAUUGAUUGAUUGAUUGAUUGAUUUUCCCUCUGAUCCCAAGGACAUGUAUAUGAGGGAUCUUCUAGUGCUGUUUACUUGAUCCUUAAUUGCAAACUCAGGGGCAUAAUUAGCAGGACCCUAGAACUCAAAAUGUAUAUCAGGUCCAUAGACACCUAUGUUCUGUAUGUCCAUAUUACAUGUGUGGAAUUUUCUGCAAUGUUUGCGUAUAAUUUGUAGUAUGUGGGCAAGCCCAUAAAUCCUGACCUUGCUGGGUUGACUUGCCAUACAGAAAAUUAUUGUUGCCUUCUGGGGAUUAAGAGCAGCAAUUCCAGGAUCGAAGCAUCAACAAAAUUGCAUUUUUCCUUAUUCCAGAAGAAUCAUACCAUACAGAGGUAAAGAGGUCUAAGAAGUGUGUGUGUGUGUGUGUGUGUGUGUGUGUGUGUGUGUAUAUAUAUAUAUAUAUAUAUAUAUAGCCCCCCUCCUUAGAAACCAAAGAUGGAGAAAUUUGGUUUGUUUUGUAUUUUUUUACUGUGAAUCUACCCAGUUUGCCCUUCCUUUGAAAUCCACAUUUUGCCAUACAAGUUCUCCGAUCAAAAAAAUGUACAGUUGCAUGGAUUAGACUAGAGGGAAGUAUGUAAAAAUACAGAUAUUAACAAAAAAAAAUGCAUACAAUGCAUAUUGUUUGUAGCAAUAGGUCUGUUGUGCAUAACUUCAUAUAAAAAAGUGUUUGCCAAGGACAAAUGUACGUUAAAUUGCUGAAAAAAAUUACUGAGGAUUAAAAAAAGAUAUAAGAUGGCAAACUGAAGCGGAAAUGUGGCAAGCUGAAUUUAAGGUUAGAAAAAUAAGAAACAGUGAGGUACCAAAAUUUACAGAUUGGUUCAGCCCUACUAGAAACUUAUGUUCCUUCCUUCUUGCAACCCAAACCAAGCUGUCUAAACUCUUUCCCUCCCACUUCAUGUGGCUCUCUGGAGAUCAUGGUCCCAUAUCGUGCCUGCAAAGGCCUUAUAGUGGUGCUGCAGAACUAACAGCUGUACAGACUUCCACACCACAAACAAGAAGCAAGUUAGAAUCAUAAAAUCUUAGAGCUGGAAGGGACCCAACGGUCAUCUAGUCCAACCCCCUGCAAUGCAGGAAUCUCUGCUAAAGCAUCCAUGACAGAUAGCCAUCCAACCUCUGUUUAAAAACCUCCAAGGAAGGAGAGUCCACCACCUCUCAUGGGAGUCUGUUCCACUGCUGAACAGCUCUUACUGUCAGAAAGUUUUUCCGAAUGUUUAGUCGUAAUCUCCUUUCUUGCAACUUGAAGCCAUUGAUUCGAAUCCUACCCUUUAGAGCAGGAGAAAAUAAUCAUGCUUGCUCCCUCCUCCAUGUGACAGCCCUUCAGAUAUUUGAAGAUGGCUAUCAUAUCUCUUCUUAGUCUCCUCUUUUCCAGGCUAAACAUACCUAGUUCCUUCAAGCGCUCCUCAUAAGACUUAGUUUCCAGACCCUUGAUCAUCUUGGUUGCCCUCCUCUGCACACAUUCCAGCUUGUCAACAUCCUUCUUAAAUUGUGGUGCCCAGAAUUGGACACAGUAUUCCAAGCGUGGUCUGACCAAGGCAGAAUAGUGGUAUUAUUACUUCCCUUGAUCUGGACACUAUACUUCUGUUGAUGCAGCCUAGAAUAGCAUUACCUUUUUUUUUCUUUUUCUUUUUCUGUUGCAUCACACUGUUGACUCAUGUUAAGCUUUUGGCCCACCAAGACCCAAAUAUCCUUUUCACAUGCAUUGCUCGUAAGACAGGUGUCCCCCAUUCUAUAUUUGUUCAUCUAAUUCUUCCUGCGUAAGUGCAGAACCUUACAUUUGUCCCUACUGAAAUUCAUUUUGUUAAGCUUGCACCCAGUUCUCAAUCUGUUAAGGUCAUUUUGAAUUCUGAUUCUGUCUUCUGUGACAUUAGCUACCCCUCCCAGUUUGGUGUCAUCUGCAAAUUUGAUGAGCAUCCCCUCAAUUCCUUCAUCCAAGCCAUUUAUAAAGAUGCUGAACAUCAAAGGGCCCAGGACAGAACCCUGUGGCACCCCACUUGCCACUUUUUUCCAGGAUGACUAGGAACCAUUAAUGAGUACUCUGUGUUUGGUUAGUCAACCAGCUACAAAUCCACCAACUGUUACCUCGUUCAACCCACAUAUUAUCAGCUUCCUUGCAAGAAUAUCAUGGGGGACUUACUGAAAUCAGGAUACACUACAUCCACAGCAUUUCCCUGAUCCACCAAAUUUGUUAUUCCAUCUAAGAAAGAAAUCAGAUUGGUCUGGCAUGACUUAUUUUUGAGAAACCCAUGCUAGAUCUUAGUAAUCACAGCAUCCUUUUCUAAAUGCUCACAGACCGACUGUUGAAUUAUCUGUUCUGGACCUUCCCUGGUAUCGAUGUCAAGCUCACCAGUCAGUAGUUACCUGGGUCUUCCUUUCCCCCCUUUUUGAAGAUGGGGACAAUAUUUUCCCACCUUCAGUCUGUAGGGUCCUCAUCUACUCUCCAAGAAUUCUCAAAGAUAAUAGACAAAGGCUCUGAAAUUACAUCCACAAGCUCCUUUAGUACCCUUGGGUGCAGCUCAUCAGGCCCUGGAGAUUUGAAUUCAUUUAAAGUAGCUAGGUGUUCCCUUACUACCUCUUUUCCUAUCUUGGGUUGCAGCUCACUCCUUACAUCAUUUAUUCUGUUAUCACCAGGUUGGGCAUCACUUUCCUUUUGGGUGAAGACAGAGGCAAAGUAAGUGUUGAGUAGUUCCACCUUUCUCUGUUGCCCAAUAGCAUUUCUCCAUCUUCCCACUCUGAGGACCUACCACUUGCUUGUUCUUCCUCUUACUUCGGACAUAGCCGAAGAAACCUUUUUAUAUGAUCUUUAACCUCUCUUGCAAGCCUGAGCUCAUUCUGUUGGACCACAACCCAACGGUUGUAAAUGGUACAUAUUGCAGACCUACGGGAAUUUUCUAUGAAGCAAUAGCCGUUGGUGUCUGAGGCCAAUGUCUCCCUUGAGUAAUGCUGUCUUUCUACAAAGCAUAGCAGCCACAGAGAGGGAAGGUAGUGUGAUGAGAUGUGUGUGAGCAUGCCUUCCCUGUGGAGAACUCUGCCCUGUGCCCACAGGAGGAGAGAGAAUAAAAACGUCACAGCUGCUUCUGCUCAUCACCUCAGACUGGAAUUAAUUUGAAUGCCCUGCCCUCCCUGGCUGCAGAAAAUAAAACUACAAUAAGAUGGAGUAUUUGUUCUGUUACGAAAUACCUGGCAUCAGGUUGCUUUUCAUCAACCUGAAUCGCAGCUGUGCAAAUAUUAUUGCUUAGCUGAAUAAUCACAGUAAGACUCCUUGAAAGCAUGGAACCAACAUUAUUGUGAUACCUAGAAUCAUAGAAUUGUAGAGUUGGAAGGGACCUCAAGGUCCAUCUAGUCCAACCCUCUGUAAUGCAGGCAGGAAUCUUAUGCCCAGCGUGGGCUCAAAUCCACGACCUUAAGAGACUCAUGCUCUACCAACUGUGCUAUUCCAGAGAGAGGUUUAUUUUUCAAAUCUGGGUGAUGUGCUCAUUGUGGGGAAUUGUAGGAAUCUGUGUCAUAUGACUCAAUGGUAUCAAUGAGCAAAUCUGUCACUUUCAGUUUUUCUCAGUUUCUCAUUUUUCCAUUCUUAAGUUCAGUUUUCCACAUUUCUGUAUCAGUUGGUGAUUUUUUAAAAAGUCCUCCUGAAAAUUCAUCAGCAUUUGAGUGUGAUUUCCUGUUAAUAUACACUUUUUCUGCAAAACCACUUUCCCUCAUAUUAUGCACUUUAAAAAAAAAAAAAAUUAUUAACCGACCAAUCAAAUCAAAUCACAUCACAUAAAUUCCAAAUUACAAAGCCGAAUUUUAAAUUUUUGUUGAGGGGACCCAUAUUUCAAGUUCCGAAGGGGGAUUCCGAUCAUCAUCUUGCUACUGCGUUAAUAUCCACAAAUCAGUCCAAAUAAUGUUCAUAAUUCUAUCCAGUCUUAUCUUGCUGUUUCCACAUCUCAUCUUAUUCGUAUAUUUUUUCUUUUUUCUUUAUGAUCUGAUAAUCUCCUUAAGCAGAUGAACACCAAUUAUAAUCCUGUGUGAAUUUUUCCGUUCGUCCAGUCCUCAUAUCAAGAUGGUUUCCAUAUAUCAUCGCUUUCAUAGAUAACAUCACUCUUUCCAUCAUUAAUCUCUCAAAUCUGUCGCUCUUAAGUCCCUCUAAGGAGUCUCACCCACAAUAUAAAAACAGCUCUGUUUCUCCUCCCAGACUUAAGUCCUCCGACAGAACUUGCCAACAUGGCAACGGUAUUUUUUACUGCGUCAUUCCAAAGCUCUUAUAGUUUCCACAAUCUUCUUGAAACAUGCUUUGGUUAGUAAAUUAUCUCCACACAGUCAUAAAUCCACAGCUUAAGUCAUUUAAACGGCAUUUCUAACUUUUGGGGGGGGGUGGAUUCUUGGUUAAUCACAUAGAAAAAAGAAAGGAAAGUUUUCCCCCCCUCCCCCAUCCAGUCCCUUUGCCAUACCGAGCCUUGGUGGGUCUUCUCAUGAUUUAUUCUUGUUCCUCCGACCCGUCUUGUUUAUCAGAGAUCUCUUCAGUUAGCAGUCUUUACUCCCCCUUCAUCCUUGAAAUAUGUGCAUUCGCUUCCUCCUAAUUGUUUCUUUUGAAGUUGCUGCAAACUAGAGGCGCGGAUCAGAGACAGCGUCCAGGAGCGCCGAAAUCCACAGGAGGGCUUUCUGCCUAGUGCCCCCAUCCCCACAAAUUCGGGGGGUGGUAUCGGGCACAGCAGGCAAGGGCAGUCCCCCCCACACCCAUGGGGGGGUAGGGAGGCUAUUUACUCCCAUCACAGCCUCCUAAUUACCUUGUGUGGGUCGGAGAGAUGUUAUCGUCAGCCAUCUUCCGAUGCGCCCCUAGUGGCCCCUCCCAUAUUAUGCACUUUUUGUAUGUUAUUUUCGCUAAUGCUAGUGGCGCUGUGGUCUAAACCACUGAGCCUCUUGGGCUUGCUGAUCAGAAGGUUGGUGGUUCGAAUCAGCACAAUGGGGUGAGCUCCCGUUCUUCUGUCCCAGUUCCUGCCUCCCUAGCAGUUCGAAAGCAUGCCAGUGCAAGUAGAUAAAUAGAUACUGCUGUGGUGGGAAGGUAAAUGGCAUUUCCGUGUGCGCUGGUUUCUGUCACGGUGUUCUGUUGCACCAGAAGCAGUUUAGUCAUGCUGGUCACAUGACCCGGAAAGCUGUCUGUAGACAAAUGCCAGCUCCCUUGGCCAAAGCGAGAUGAGCGCCGCAACCCAAUAGUCACCUUUGACGGGACUUGGCCGUCCAGGGGUCCUUUACCUUUACCUUUUUACCUAUGCAUUUAUAUGCAUAUUUUACCGUAGAUAUGCAUUUUUGCACACGUUACUUGGCUGGAGAACUUGGAGAAUUUGGAGAAAUGGGGAUUUCAGAAGAUGAUGGUUCCGUAUUGCUUUGCAUCCUAUUUUGAAAAGUGUGGAUUAGGUAGGCAGCAGUGGCUCUCUAGGAUAUUAGUCAGGGGUCUUUCCACACCCUACCUGAAGAUGCCAAAGAUUGAACAUGGGAGCCUUUGCAUCAAAAAGCAUAUGUUCAGCCACUGGGUUACGGCAUGUCCGGAAAACAGCAUCAUGUGAUGUGGUGAACUCAAUAUCAUCUCAGCAGUGAGCAUGCAUUCAGAGAAUCUUUUGGCUGUCUGGAAUGUACAGGCUGAAAUCUCUUGGGUGGUUUGUGAUUAGAAAAGAUAGUAUGAAUCAGGGCUAAUAUUGUAUGCUGAGUAGACCUGCAUUCAAGCACUUCUGUUCAGUGGGAUGCACCUCUACAGGAAAUUCUCUCUAAUACAAAAAAAAAAAAGUGAAAAGGAGACUGGACAGGAACUUUGUUGGUAUUGGAUUUUUGACUUGCAGCCCUGUUUAGGAUUAUCUCUGAGUCUUUUUUGUUUUAGGUGAACAGUGCAAGAUUUUCUAGCAACAUGUGAUCUUUCACAUGCUUCCUCAAGUACAGCUUUUACUGCAGACCAGAGACAUCUAGCUAACCAGCUCUUAAGGUUUUGCCAGCUGCUUUCCUUUCAGAUGUUAAUAGAGGCGUUGUGUGGUGGUGGUGGAGGAGGAACAGCUGAAUUUGUGCUAUUGUUUCCAGCUAGAGAAGUUCAACUAACUUGACAAUGAUUGAAUAAACUGGACAUUUUUAUACACAGAAGAUUUUGGUGUAAUCUGCAAUCAGAUAAAUUAAUGUGGGUUUUGUAAUUGACUUAAACAUAGGGUGAGAGUUUCCCUUAUUCAUGUUAUGGAAUACUGUAUUGAGAGUAAACACAUAGGGCAGGGGUAGGCAACCUAAGGCCCAGGGGCCAGAUGCAGCCCAAUCACCACCUCAAUCCGGCCCGCGGACGGUCUGGGAAUCAGCGUGUUUUUACAUGAGUAUAAUGUGUCCUUUUAUUUAUAAUGCAUCUCUGGGGUAUUUGUGGGGCAUAGGAAUUCGUUCAUUAUUAUUUUUUUCCAAAAUAUAGUCCGGCCCACCACAUGGUCUGAGACACGGUGGACCGGACCACAGCUGAGAAAGGUUGCUGACCCCUGACAUAGGGCAAGAUCCAAUGAAAUGCCGUCUGGACACAACAAGGUUUGCCUUCCGUUCCCCUUUAUCUGUUUUGGAGGAUCACUGAACCCUCCAGAACAGAUCUUUGGAGCAUGGAGGGGACUGCAAGGAACACCACAAUUGGAUUUCACCCAUAUUUUUUUAGCCUCUUGGAAGUGAAGGGAUUAUUAUAAAAACCUGGAGCUUAUUGCACUAAACAUUCCUGGAUAAAGUGGACACAGAAUGUACUUCAGUAAAUCUUAACGAGUAAAGUUAAAGCACUUCUAAUAUCAUGGUUAGUUUAUAAUUGUUACCCAUCUUCAGAGCAAUGUUCAUAUUAAAGCCAAAGCAACAUUAAAAAAAAAUAACUUUGGGCUGCACACUCGGGGCAAGUUCUAUUGAACUUAAUGGGAUUUACUUCUAAGUAGACAUGCAAUGAAUUGUGCCCAUCUUUUAAUUUGGGAUGGCUCUCCAAUGGCUCCCAUCAUCUUUCACCAUUGGCCAGGCUAACGGGUUGAUGGGAGGUGGAAUUCAACAUCUGGAAGGCCACAGAGCAGCCAUUCCCGUUUUAAUGAAUGUAAAUCCAGGUUGAUCAAAGUGGUGCCCUAUAGAUAUUCUUGGUCUUCCAAUCCCAUCAGUCAUAGUCAGCAUGGCCAGUGGCCAGGGAUUAAGGAAAAUGUAGUUUGAUAACAUCUGGAGGGCACCACACUGGCAACCCAUGGUGUAGGUGUUUUACAUGCAUCCAUUAACCAAUUAUUUUCUUAUCUGAGCAACUCCUUCGUACUCAGAGUGGUUUUGGAUCUGAAAUGGCUGCUGAGAGAGUCUUGUUUCCUUGCUCAACCUGCAGUGUCUAAAAAAGGAAGCCAGCUGCAUGUUUCUUUCCUCUGAAGCUUGAAGAGCAAAACCACUCUCUUUCCAUCCCCCAAUAUUUUUUCAGUCUCAUGAUUUGGUGAUGACGCGUUGGGAGAGCAGAGAAAGUCUGACUUCUGAAUAUUUUAGAUUUGCUUACGUCUUUUCUAACUUGGAUCUGUUCCAAAGCAGAAUGUCCUGAUGCUCACAUGAUUGAGUUCCAUGCCUGCUCUUCUGCGUUGGCGUAUCACAUUUGUAUUGAGCACAUUAACUUUGCUUUGGCCUGUGACCGUUUUGGGGUGGGGAAGGCAUAUUUGGAUCCACAGCAGUAUUGUCUGGAGGGGUCUAAACAGUCAGAGAGAAGGGAGGGAGAUCAUUUUUAUAAAGCUCUUUUUGAAGCCCAGUCUGGAGUGGGCAUGGGAAAGCCAUUAAUUCUUUGCAUGACAGGAUCUUGCAAAGGAUUGUGCAUGUUACAUGUGGAUAAUAUCUUGCAGUGGCAGGUUGUGUGGCUUACACAGAAUCAAAGCAAAGCAGCCAAAUGGCUGGUUUCAUGGAGCUGGUUGAAAAGCAACUGAUUAGAUUUCACAGUUACACUUCUGCCUCCAGAUGUGUUUCAGUAGGCUGUGUAAACAUAAGACGUGACAAGCUAAGACUACUUUGCAAGCAGCCCGUUUUUAAAUGUAAGGCAGAGAAGAGAUUCCUGGAAUCAGAGUAGCAGAAAAUUUUAGACUCUGGAGUUAAUUGUCUUAUUCCCUCUGUCUGUCUGUGUCCCCCCCCCCCCCCGCUUUUAGAUGCUACUCUGCAUUAAUUUUGCUUUAGAUUGUGUUAAGCCAGACCUACUGUAUUUGGGGAGCUCAUUCUGCUCAUUUGGUGCCAUGGUUAUCUGCCCCCCAAAUCCUGCCCCGAUGAUACCACCACCCAGAAUUCAGUGAUGGCUGUGCUGAAGGAAUACAAACUAUUAUGUGCAUUAGAAGAAGCCAUUUUUACCUUCUCUGCAUUUAUUUUACAGAUUAUAGUAGAUGACGAUGACAGUAAAGUUUGGUCGCUCUAUGAUGCAGGACCCCGUAAUAUUCGGUGCCCCCUUAUAUUUCUCCCACCUGUCAGUGGAACGGCUGAUGUUUUCUUCCAGCAGAUUUUAGCCUUGUCUGGAUGGGGUUACAGAGUCAUUGCUGUAAGUCCUGAAAUUCUCAGCAUUUGAGCAAAUGUUAAAUCUGUCUUUUUAUGUAUGUUCUCAAAACAGUAUGAAAUGUACUAGAUUUCAGCUACAUCCGUCCAAGCCUGUCCUUUGGAAUUCUGGUCAUGCAGCUUUUUCAUGUGCCUACAUUACUUGAGUGCAUAUUUUGUCCCUAAAGCCUGCUCUGAAAUUUGAUACUAAGGGUUUUCAGAUUGCAUUUAACCUUGGUGGUUUUAUUUAAUGAGAGAACAUUCCUCCAAGGCAGGAUAUCUCUGGGUCAACACCAUCUAAUCCCUUUUGGUAAUUCAGAUUAGAAUUCCAGCCUUAUAGUACAGAGAGCGUCUUAAGAGCUGAGGCUUAAAACUUAGGAUAUACAACUCUUGGGAGGUGCAUAUCUCUUCCCUGUAGUGAUGGAAGAUUGAUCAGGGGCUCCCUCCCACUUCUCUCCCAUGUGCUAAUUUUAUGCAUGUCAUCAAAGCUCUUGGAACUCCCAUCCACUGGAAAAUAGUGAAUCUCAGGUGACAUCUGGAGAGUCUAGGUUGGUUUAGCUUCUGGAUUCCAGGGCUUCUUACACUCCCUGGAUUGUUAUAAAAAGCUUCAAGCCCUAAUGAUGAUCACAAAGCAGAAUAAACUUCCCCAACCUAGUGUCCUCUAAAUAGAUAGUGGCUUCCAACAGCCCCAGCUAUACUGGCUGAGGCUGAUGGGAAUUGUAGUCCAAAGCAUCUGGAAGGCACCAGCUUGAGAACAUGAGUAGACUUCUUGAAAAUGUAGACUAUGGCUGACUUUUUCUGUAACUACAUCUAAUGAAAUUGUUUUGAAACAUAGAUGGGGGUGCAAACUUGUGCAUUUCCCCCCUAUUAGUGCUGCCUUUCAGAGGCCAGUGGGUACAACUUUAAGAGGCUAGGGGCUAGUGCAGUGGUUCCCAACUUUCUUUGGCCAUGCCCCACCUAAGCAUCUCUAAAAUCCUGGUGCCCCCCACAUGACAUAUAAUUCUUAUUAUUCAGAAAGUGAACUCCUAUUCAUGUGGAGGAAGACUAAAAGACCAUUAACUGUUAAUAACUCAUUCUUGAAUUGCCCCCCUUAAAAAUCAAAUUGCCCCGUUGGGAACCAUGGGGCUAGUGGGUAAAACUAAAAAUGAAAAAUUGAUCAUCGCAUAUUGAAAAUCCAGACUUGGAUGGCAGAGAAUAAUGUGGGGAAUAAUGGGUUUUCAGUCGAGCUUGCUUUAUCACAAGGGUACGGAACUUUUGGCCCUCCAGAUCUUGUUGGAUGGCAACUGCCAUAAUGCUUUACUGUUGACUGCUCUAGUUGAGACUGAUGGGAACCCAACAACAUCUGAAGGGCUGCAGGUUGCUUCAUAGCAUGCUUUGAUCUCGUACAAGGUGGGCUUCUCCCCAUAUAACGAUGCUGGUGUCUGUCUAAGUUGCUAGCUGGUUCUUAAAUUAUGCUUACUGGUGAAGAGGGUUAAAAUGCAUGUUUUUACAUCUUUGUCUUUGUUCAUGUCACCAUUGUUAACCUACCUUUCUAAUCUUAGUUGCAGUAUCCAGUUUACUGGGAAAUUUUUGAGUUCUGCGAUGGAUUCAGAAAACUAUUAGACCAUCUACAGCUGGAUAAAGUUAGUGCCCUGAGAUUGACAAAUAGCCUGUGCUUACAAUAGAAAUGUUAGGUAAAAAGCCUAGAGUUUAUUCAGAAUAACCUUAAUUGCUCCAACAAAGGAGAGCCCUCUCCUGUUAUUUUCCAGCCCCAUUGACUGAUUUUUUUGUUGCUUUUUUCCAGGACCUUUUCUAAGUAAACAGCAUAUUCUGGGUAGGACUUGGCUGUUCUUAAAUUGUAAUAAAUCUUCCAAAAUAUAUUUUAUCUAAAAUGGUUUAUAAUAGCUGUUGAAUGGAAGCUUGCAUAAGCUGUGUGUGAAAGAGUAUAAGUUAUUUUUGAAUUUAUAUACGCCCCCCCCGCCCACCUUUCGUUGAAAAGGCCCCAGGGUGAUUUAUAGAAAAAUGGAAAUACGUUUCUGUCUGGUAGACCUUACUUUAUUUCUGCGAGGACCCUUGUCUAUGAAUGUAAUUGAUAAACUUUGGGAAAUCCCAAAUGGGGAGGAUAAUCUUAUUUGGAACAACUUUCUCUACAAAAUACCAUGAGAGCGAUUAUAGCAGGGCCUGGGAAACGGCAGGCCCAGGAGCUGGUUGCGAUGCCCCCAGAUCUCUCUAGCCAGCCCUGGCACUCUCCCCAAGCCACACACUUCACUGGUCUUGCUUCACCCCUUGAGUGUUUUACUUGGCAAGAAUAUUUCACUGAACUGUAAUAGUGCCUCUUGCUUACCUAGAUGGAGGAUAGAGAGGGGUGUGUGAGUGUAAAGAAACCAGGCUACUAUACUGUUCUGGUUGCCCAGAAGGGAGUGCAACCCUUGGGAUGAAAAAGGUUCCUCACCCCUGUGGUUUGGCGUAGUGCAAGGGCAUCCAGCCUGGUGGUGCCCUCCAGAUGUUGUUGGACUCCAACCUUUUACCAACUCCAGCCAGCAUAGCCUGUGGUUGAGGAUGAUAGGAGUUGUAGUCCAACAACAUCUGGAGAGCACCACAUUGGCUACUCCUGGCAUAGUCCUUAAGAGCAAAGUAUGAACGAGAAACCACCUGGUUUAAAAUGCAUCUCUGUCAUUGACUCUCCCCAGGUAGUCUUCGGCAAGCCAGUCUCUUUCCACUUUCCACCUGCAAUACAAUCAUAAUACUGGCCUAGCUUUCAAGUGCUUUUGAAUGCAAAAUGUCAUACAAAAUGCCUUAAUAAAAACAGUUAGCCAAAGGAUGUUGCUGUUAUUUAUUGCGGUAUUUUUUACUUUUAAAAUUAGGUCCACGUCUUUGGUGCUUCCUUGGGGGGCUUCCUUGCUCAGAAAUUUGCUGAAUACACUCACAAGUCUCCCAGAGUCCAGUCUCUGAUUCUGUGCAACGCUUUCAGCGACACCUCCAUUUUCAACCAGACAUGGACGGCAAACAGGUGAGAGAUGUAUGUCGGCAAAACAUAUAGGUUUUGGGUUGUGCUUUACAUGGGCGUAAGGGCCACUUCCUGCCUACUGUUUGUGAACUUUGGGUUAGGUAGAAUUAUGGCAAAUACAGCUUGGCCUUUGCAAAGCAGUUUUUUAAAAAAAUGAAGAACUGCUCCACUUCUUAGAAUUAGCUUUUGGAGCCCAUAAAUGUUAUGAUAUAUAUAUAUAGAAAAAAUCCCUUCUGUUGUUGUAUUAAUGCAAGCAGUCACAAGUACAUGCUUUAAUGCCGAGGGAGUUCAGUAUGUCUUGUGCUUAACGUUUGCACGGUUUAUACAAAAUGUUUCUCAUGACAAUCCAGUGCUCCUGGAGGUAGGAGAAAGUGACAAAAAUUUUGACCUUUCUAUAAUUCUCUUUUCAGCUUUUGGCUAAUGCCUGCCUUCAUGCUGAAGAAAAUUGUCCUUGGGAAUUUUGCAUCUGGUCCUGUAGAUACCGAAAUGGCUGAUGGCAUUGAUUUCAUGGUUGAUAGGGUGAGGAUUCCCAGUUGUAUGACUUUACUUUAAGAUUUGCAUGCUGAAAUCCCAUCUAAUAUUGGUUAUUUCCUUCAUCCUUUCUUCCUUCAGUGCCAUGUCUUUUGCACAUGAAACUUUAGGCAUGGUUUGUCCUUUUUAAACUUAUUCUUGCUUAUGACUGUUCUGGGAGCCUCUUUGGCUGUGAAGAGUGGGGCAAAUGUGCUUCAAACUCCCAGAUGUUGUGAUAAGCUUGGUUAUUUCUUUACUGCCCUGCCUUGAAACAAAUUCACAACCUUCUUUUAAAUUAAAUUAUUUUUCCUGAAAGUUGGAAAGCCUGGGUCAGAGUGAGCUCGCUUCAAGACUUACCCUCAACUGCCAAAAUUCCUACGUGGAACCUCAUAAAAUCAGAGACAUUCCUGUGACUAUCAUGGAUGUAAGUUACCUCUUACUUAGGGUGUGGGAUUGGGAGAGGAACACUUAUUGAGCAUCAUUCUAGGAAGAUGCAAGGUCCAGUUUUGGAAACAGAGAGAACAUCAGCGAGAGCAUGCCUAUUUUUAAAACAUAGCUGUGUCCCUAUAGGACUACUUUCUCCAGUUAUAAGAGGUGGGAUAAUAGUACUACUUAUCAAACAACAGAUGCGGUCAGGGCAGAUUCAUUUCAUAAUCUGUAGCAAUUUAUAGUGGGCUGUUUGCAGAGCUUUUCAGAGUAAACAAACAUCUUGGAAGUGGUUGUGCCUUCAACACAGCGAUGGCUCAGCACAACUCCUUCUCUGGCAUCAAACGUUGUAACACAUUAAAAGUGAAUACAGAAGGAGAGUUUAAAUAAGGUGUAGGAAGUGUGGGGCUUGAGGUCAGUUGGCAUUACCUAUUUUUCUUCCACUAAAAGCUGUGUGCGGAUUUGCAGUUGACCUUUUUCAGCUGCAACUUUUUCAUCUGGGACUCAUGACCCUGAAAUUAAGAGUCUCAUGCUCUACUGGCUGAGCAAUCAAGGAGCCUUUGACAGUCAGCAGCAGAUUGAGUUGCACAGCUGAACUUCCAAAGCACAAGUGGCUAACCUGUGCCCCCACAAACGUUGCUGAACUCCAAUGGCUAGUGGCAAGGGAUGAUGGGAGCUGUAGUUCACUGACAAUGUAGAGGGCCCCCCCUGUUCUAAACAGAAAAAAAUUAUCUCUGUUAGAAUGCAUGGGAUCUACAGGCAGUUCUUAGCAUGGAAUGCUUGUUUUUUUAGGUGUUUGACCAGAGUGCUCUUUCCACCGAAGCAAAAGAAGAGAUGUAUAAGCUGUACCCCAAUGCUAGGAGAGCUCACCUCAAGACAGGGGGCAAUUUCCCAUAUCUUUGCAGGAGUGCCGAAGUAAACCUCUACGUCCAAGUAAGUCUGUAGCUUUAAAUUUCUCAGCUGUUGUUUGGAAACCACAGAGUUCUGCCUGCAUUGCCAAAGGGGUUUAUGCAAGCAUUGUGGUGUUAACAUUGCUGACGGAUUAUCAGAGGAUGAGUAAAGCUGGGGGGGCAGGGGGGACCUUAUUACAAAUCCCCAUCCGAUGGAGGCAGACAUGUUGCAUGAAGGAGAGAAAAGGAAGGAAGGUCAAGAGGUUUCUAUUAUUGGGCUGCAGGAAUGCUGCUAUGGGUUUUAAUAAAAUAUCCCCCCCUCCGGCUGCCGCCAAACACAGGGUAGUACAGUGGUGCCCCGCAAGACGAAUGCCUCGCAAGACGAAAAACUCGCUAGACGAAAGGGUUUUGCGUUUUUUGAGUCGUUCCGCAAGACGAAUUUCCCUAUGGGCUUGCUUCGCAAGACGAAACGUCUUGCGAGUUCUUGCGAGUUUGUUUCCUUUUUCUUAAAGCCGCUAAGCCGUUAAUAGCCGCUAAUAGCCGUGCUUCGCAAGACGAAAAAACCGCAAGACGAAGAGACUUGCGGAACAGAUUAAUUUCGCCUUGCGAGGCACCACUGUAGAAGAUUUGUGGCACUGCCAAAUGUUCCUCCCCUGGAGUCAUUUGGAGUUUGGGUGUUAUAUGGACAUGCCUGGCAUUGUUCAAAUAUGCUGCUCCAUACAGCUGACUCCAUUCGGCUUGUGCUGCCUCUGGAAGUGGUUCCUGCCUCUUCCUAGAAGACUGCAAACCCUUCAGAUGGUGUGAAACUUGUGGAGCUUGCACCAGCAGUGGUUGUGUUUUUUGUUUUUGUAAAGUGGAACAAGCACUGUUACAGGCGCCAUACAAUAUUUGUUCUGCAUUUGUUAAGAACUAGAUCUUUUAGUGCGACAGUGCCUUACACUUUGGAACUCCCUGCCUAUUGACACCAGGCAAGCACCUUCACUGGGCUCUUUUCAGUGCCUACUGAAAACAUUCCUGUUAAGACAAACCACCUCAGAUAUGUAGAAUGCCGUUCAGUUCAUCACUGAUUCUACUUUUAAAAUGUUUUAAAACUUUUUAUUCUUUUCGUAAACUGCUGUGAGGUUGUUGCUUUUUAUAGUUUCUAUGAAACAAAUCACAGAGUUUUUAUAGUUUCUAUGAAACAAAUCUAUGAAACAAGUCACAGAGUGCUGUGACUUACAGGAAAGGGUGAAUAUGUGCCACUUUGCCUAUUUUUCCUAUCCUGUAGAUCCACCUACUUCAAUUCCACGGUACUAGAUAUGCCGCAAUUGACCCUUCCAUGGUCAGCGCAGAAGAACUUGAAGUCCAGAAAGCCAAUCUCCAGGCCAGCAGUGAGCAAGAGCAGCAGCAGCAGCAGCAGCAGCAGUCAUAGUCCUUGGGACUCGCAGAAUCUCUUCAUCCAGAGGGUCUUAUCCUUUUCUUCUUCUUUUGGAAGUCUUCCCAUCCAGUUGCAUCUUUUUUCAGUUUGCCUUGAUUCCUUAGUACUUAACCGGUUAGAACUGUGUCCUUUAAAAUAGCUUGGACUGAUUUCAUUAAAUGAAAUGCAACUACGGACACUCGGUCACAUCACUGUUUAAAUGAGCUGAAUUCAGAUUAUAAAAAAAGAGUUAAGGGUAUCACUUUGGAUGACUUGUUUUAGAAACAACAGUCUGAGAUGAACUUUUGCUACCAAAGCCUUCACGAUUGUGUUCUUAAAGAGGAUAAUCUUAUAUAUCCAUGCAGAGAGGGGGAUGUAUGUAUCAUGAGUGAAUUAUGUAUGUCUGCAAGUUCACUUACAAUUCAUAGGAUAUUUAGUUUAAAAAACUCUGUUGAAGUGCCAAUAUUGCUAUUAUUAUUUUCUUUUUAUAUGGUUGCCAGUUAAUGCUUUAAUUUGAGAUUAUAACGCAUUUGUUUUUUAUUGUCUUGCUUUCUAAUUUUUUUUGAAUAAAAAUUCAGUUUGGG